AUGUCACUGUCGCUGUUCAACGUCCUGCUCGGAGCGGUGACCUUCUUUCUAUUGCUGAAUGCCGGAAUCGCGCUGCGGAGAGGCUACGCCAGUCUAAGUUCAUGCCCGCAAGGAGGCUUGAUCUGGUUUCACCCACAGUUAAUUAUCGCGCUUGUGCUUGCACCGGUGUUUCCACCUCGUGGAUGGUUUGCGCAUUAUAACUCACGGUUUCAUCUAUAUGCAAAGAAGGGUAGUACAAUCUUGUCGGGAUUAUGGGUAUGGUAUGCAAAACCGAUGUUUUGGGUCGCCGACGUGGAGGCACUCAAGACGAUCACUUCGGACCGGUAUACAUUUACGAAGGAUAUUAUAGCUUAUUCUAUGGUCGAUAUAUACGGAAAGAGUCUCGUUAGCACAGAGGGGAACGAAUGGCGGCGUCAUGUUGCUGUUGCAGGACCAGCGUUCGGAGAUGCUCUCAACUCACUGGUUUGGAAAGAGACACUCCGAUUAACGCAUGACUGGUUUGCGGACGAGCUAGCUUCAACGCCGUUUGACUGCAGAGUUCCCGGUUCUGGUUCUGUCAUAAAAGUGGAUAUGUUAUCCAAAAUGACACAGCUUACGCUUCAUGUUAUCGCUGUCUCGGGAUUUGGACUUCGCAUGCCCUGGAAAGCGUUCAGCAAUAUGCAUCAACACGCACGGCAUAGCAUGGAUAAAAUACUUCCGUUUCACGUUGCUCUUGAGUUUACGCUUACGAAUAUUCAUUUUUCUCUUGUCCCGGAGUUCUUUUAUUCGCUCCCUGUUCGCAUCCCGUGGCUUUCUGAGAAACUUGAGGAAGCUCAACAUGCGUUUGCGAGUCUGAAAGCGCACAUGACGUCUAUCGUGGAGUCUGUCCGCCACGAAGGGAAAGACGAUGAUCGGAAACAGAAGACGACAGCAGAGGAUAUGAAUGUGGGAGUGGAAGGAUCGGGCGCUGAGUUGCUUCGAAAGCUUGUGCAGGCUAACGAAUCGAAAAGCGAAGAAACGACGGCAAAUAACAAUAAACGCACUCUUACGGAUGGCCAGCUCUUCAGUAACAUUUUUACAUUUCUCCUUGCUGGGCAUGAAACGUCAGCCCAUACACUUGCCUUUGCAUUCCUCCUCCUUGCGAUUUAUCCGGAUGUACAAUCAAAAGUUAGAGCUGAAGUUUAUCGCAUUUGGCCUUCGGACGAUGAUGUAAAGGUGUCGAACUAUAGGGACGACUUUGAUAAAUUUGAGUAUACAAUUGCCUUCUUCCGGGAGACUCUGCGCUGCUUCCCUACAGAACCGCGGCUCAUAAAGCUGACAAGUGCAGAUAGCAUCUUGACUGCAAGGCGAUUUCGGCCAGCAUCUGGAUCUGCGAUCUGUGUUCCCGAUCUGUCUUUCGAUGGGUCGGAUACAAACGUGCAGUUUAAGCGCGAUGUAUCUUCCGAAGAGCCAUUCAACGUGUUUGUACCGAAAGGAAGCAUCGUCGUAAUGGACAUCUGGGGUUUACAUAUGAAUCCACUGGUAUGGGGAUCGGAUGCACAUUUGUUCCGCCCUGAGCGGUUUAUAGAUACGGAAGUAUAUAAGUGGCCUCGUGAUGGAUUCCUGGCAUUCUCUAGCGGCGCACGCGGGUGUAUCGGGCAACGCUUCGCCACUGCGGAAGCAAUCUGUGUUAUAGCGGGUCUCGUGCGCCGCUUUGAGGUUCUUCCCGCCAUUGACGCGCGGAAUUAUUCUUCGUUCGAGGAAUUCAAGCGUGUGAUGCUCUCGUAUGCGCCGAUGCUCACUAUUACUCCGAAAACGAAUUGCAUUAAGUUACGUCGGUUGGACACAAAUACGAAGAAGUAG